CCUUUCCUAAAUUGCCCUGAAUGUUGUUGGGGAUUGACUGGCGGAACGGCCGUGAAGGCGGGUGGUUGCUGGCCGGACCAUUUUAUAGACGGAACCGGUCUCCAUGUGAACAACAAGGAGCCUCAUGUUCGCAUUUGGAUUAAAAGUGGUUUAUUUCACGUGAAAUUGGCAUCGGCAUCUAGAACCAAGGAAAUGGCUAAAGUGUUAAAGACGCUCCGUAAUCACUGGAAGAAAACAACGGCCGGGGUUUGCGGACUGAGCUGGGGAGCGCACUGGGUUCACAAGAGAUACCGGGACAAUCUCUUGCGCAGGGCAGCAUGUCAACAGGCAGAGGAAUAUGGAAACCAGCUACUGCCAAUCAGUGCAAAGGUGAAGAAAGCCACUGUCUUUCUCAAUCCUGCUGCUUGCAAAGGGAAAGCAAGAAAUCUCUUUGAAAAGAAUGCAGCACCAAUUUUGCAUCUUGCUGGACUUGAUGUAACAGUGGUUAAGACUGAUUAUGAGGGCCAGGCAAAGAAACUCUUGGAGUUGAUGGAAAACACUGAUAUGAUUAUUGUUGCUGGAGGGGAUGGCACCUUACAAGAGGUAAUAACUGGACUUCUUCGUCGAGAGGAUGAGGCUGUCUUUAGCAGGAUCCCCAUAGGAUUUAUUCCAUUGGGAAAGAUGAAUUCCUUGAGCCAGUCACUGUAUUCUACCAACAAAGAACAGGCCAGGCACAUUUUAAAUGCCACACUUGCUAUCGUGAAAGGAGAGACCAUUCCCUUGGAUGUACUGGAAAUAAAGGGUGAUAAAGACCGUCCAGUGUUUGCAGUGUCUGGGCUGCGAUGGGGAGCUUACAGGGAUGCAUCUGUAAAACUCAGCAAGUAUUGGUAUCUUGGUCCCCUCAAAGACAAGGCAUGUCAUCUAUUUAGUAUAUUUAAGGAAUGGCCACAGACUCGUCAGACCUCCAUUGCAUACCUCGGCCCCACAGAGAGACCACCAGAGCAACCAGAAGAGAAAUUACCGAGGCCCAGUCUAUGGCAACGCAUAUUAAGGAGAUUGGAAUCAUACUGGGCCACUCCUAAAGAGGUGAUGCUGAUGCCAAUGCAGCCGAUGCACUGGGAGGAAGUACAGAAAACAGCAGUGGAAGUAACCAUCAGCACACUCAACAAGCAGACAGACCUUAAGCGUACUGAAGAUGCCAUGAACAUUUGUAUAGAACCAGAUACUAUUAGCAAGCGGCAGUUUGUAGCUACGGCGACUCGGAAGUUAUCAGAUCCACUGAUGUGUCCUGAAGGCAGCCAAGUUCUCCAAGCCAGUUUCUGUAAACUACAGCUACCUCAGGGAACGCAAGGUUUCUUCAGUAUAGAUAAUGAAGACUAUGAAGCUGUCUCUGUGGAUGUGAAACUACUUCCUCGAAAACUCAGGUUUUUUUGUGACUCUAUCAAAAAGCAACAGCUGCAGUAGUUGCUAACACGCAACAAUCAAUAUCCCUCAGCUGAUUUUACCUGUUCACUCAAUACAUCCAUAAAAGGAUAAUAGAAGACUUUUUAAUUUUGCCGAAUCUAAUGUUAUGUUCAGAAGCACAUAUUUUGUUUUGACAUUCUUGGAUUUGUAAGAUGACAAGAAGUUGGAGGUUUGGAGUGCAAGAGGACACUGAUUUUAAAAAAACUUGUAUUUUCCAAAUCAACACUGCCCAAUAUUACCUGAGACUAUGGAAUGAUCUUGCAGAUAUUUUUCAAAAGCUGCUGUUGUUUGGAAGCCUGUUUUACUGGAUUAGAUGAGUUUCCUGCUAGUGUCAAUUUUUAUUCCACCUUCUUGAACAGGCAUCUAGUCUCUGCAAAACUGACCCUUACGAAGAAGGAAAUGCAACAGAAUCGAGGUUUUGAAAUCGGGAACUAUAAUCAGUCAGUUAUACAAAGCUGCAGUAGGUAGUAAUCCAUUCUUUAGUGUCUGUCUGAAGAGCUUAUUGUUUAUAUAAAAGGAAUCUGCAUUAGCAAUGCUGCUCACAUUUUCAGAAUUCUUUGAAACACCUUGCAGUUAAUGAAUUAUUCUUGAAAAGUGAUCACUUCUCUUGUGUAGAUAUGAAUUUCAAUGUUAUAGAGUAAGGUUCCACAAACAACAAAUGAAAUUAGUUUUUGUGGUACUUUUUGAAUAUUCUGAAUAUUUGUCAGAGCUUGUUAAUUUUCAUAGAGAUCUUUUACAACACCUAAACAAGCUGAGAGAUAGUUAAACAUUACAUGAACACUGGCUAGUAUAAUGCUUGUGUUAUUGUCACUUAUAUGAAUUGAACAGAGAAAAAUAAUUUUACACUUUUGCCAGUUAGUAAAUGUUAAUUAAAAUGGAAAGUGCUGGAAAUAGUUAUCAGGUAAGAUCUCCUUCCACAUGUUCCCUGACCUGCUAGAUAUUUCCGGCAUCUUCUGUUUGCAUUUAAAAUUUCCAGCAUCCACAGUAUUUUCCUAUUUUAGAUGUUAAAUGACCAAAGCAGGACGUGGGCUAAAAUAUACCAAAUGUUUGAAUGAGUUUAUCUGUUAGUACUGUGUUUGUGAUGACACUGAUUAUUUCAUAACUGACUAUUAUUUCACUAUAAAUUUGUGUAAACAAAGGUUGUUUAAUAAUAUCUUUGUAUGUGCGAAAACAGUUUUGUAAAUGGGAUUGACUGACCUGUAAGAAUCACAUAUUAUGGGUGUGGAGGGAGGGAGGGAAUCUGUAACUGAAUUUCUGUAAAGUCAGAUUCUGUACCUCUGAAAAUCUCUCUGGUGAAAAAAAAAUCCUAAUUGUUCCUGUGUGCAAGUUAAUGUUCUGUAGCAGAAUGCCAGUUUAAGAGUGUCACAGUUGUCCUUCAAUGAGGCUGCCUGGGGAGAGGUACGAGCAGCAUUCUUGCAUACGUUCUAGCAGCCAGAUUAAAAGCAGCAAAGGCUGAGAUACAUCAGCCGUUUUUUUAAAGUAUAAGUGCAGUUGUUAUUCAGAGCAAGACCCCCUGCCCCUACCCAUGGGAAAGCCAGUUAGUUAGGCUCCUGCACAAAUGUCCCAUUCCUUCUCAAACUGCUGACCAGCCCGAAACUGGCAGCCACCGGGAGCAGCAGCUAAGACCUGGACUGCAGUCUGUACAGCAGCAUUGAAGGUUGGGACUGGCAAAAAAAAAUCCGUGAUUUUUCAGGAAGGCAGACAUGAUUUGGGAGAGGUGGGUUGAGGGAUCAGGCAUCUGAACAGGGGUGACUUUCAGUGCCCGUCUUCCUAUCUCUCCAUUCAUUCAUUUGACCAGAUUAUGACAAAGGGAAGUACCCCUAAGCCUGACAGAAAAGAUGCCUCCUUUGUCACCUUCUGGAAAUGGAUAAUCAGGUAUGUUGAGGCCUUUAAAUGGUUGCAAAUUGACCAGUUAAGGGCUUUAAUCUGUUUUAGUGUGGUGAAGAUGACAAUUGACACUCCUGCCCUGCACUUUAUUGCAGAGGUAACAGGAAGGGGCAGGUAUUUUCCUUGAGUCAACCAGCCCAAUUAUUUCUCUUCCUGUUGUAGAAAUGGCAGGAAAACACUGCCCAGAGUAUUCAUUUAUCAACUCUUAGCCAAAAUCUGUAAGGCUAGGAAGAAGACUUUCAAAAUGUCACUGUAUCAUCCAAAGUAAUUACUGGGUUACUGGUUCAGAGGUUGAUAUCACGAGGAAGAAGGAUCCUGCUUCUUGUUUCUGAUGAUUUUGUGAUCAUUUAUACAAGUAUACAAAUUAGAAGCAGGAGUAGGCCACUUAGCCCCUCAAUCCUGCUGUGUCAUUCAAUGAGAUCAUAGGUUGAUCUAAUUAAUCCACAAUGUUAUCCAUCCCUUACAAUUUCACAUUUUCUUCUGUUAUACUCCAUUUGCCAUAUCUUUACCCACUUAACCUAUUUGUACACCUUUGUAGCUUUGGAUGUCCUCUUUCAACUUACUUCCCUAUAUUUCUUUGUGUUAUCAGCAAAUUGUAAAUUAUAAUUUAUAUAAAAUUAUAAAGUGUAGGGGCCCCAGCACUGAUUUCCCCAUGUCACAGUACUCAUUACAUCUUGCCCACCAGAAAAUGAUUUGUUUAUGCCAACUGUUUCCUGUUGGCUAGCCAAUCUUUUAGCCACAAUAACUCUUGAUAUGGCACCUAAUCAAAUGCCUUCUGGAAAUAAAUAUAGUAGGUCCACCAGUUUCUUUUCUCAUCCUUGGCAUAUGUUAUUCCCUCAAAGAACUACUUCAAAUUAGUUAAACAUAAUUUUCCUUUCACAAAGUCAUGUUGACUCUGCCUGAUUACCUUGAAUGUUUUUAAGUGCCUGUCAUAACGCCUUUAAUAAUGGCUUCUAACAAGUUGCCUGUGACAAAUGUUAAACCAUUGUAACCUGCAAUUUCUUGUUUUCAGUUUUUUUUGACUAAAGGAGUUAUGUUCAGUAAUUUCCAAUUUAAUGGAACUUGUAAUGUAUUUCUAGAAUUUUGGAAAAUUAUACCCAAUAUAUCAACUAUCUUACUAAGUACUUGUUUUGGGACCUAGGCUAUGAUCCAUCAGAAUCCAAGAGUCUAUCAGCCUGUAGCUCCAACAAUUUGAUCAGUACUUAUCCACAGUAAUUAUAUGAUCUUGAAUUCCUCUCUCCCUUUCAUUUCCUGAUUUACAGCUGUUUCUAGAAUGUUACUAGAAUACUCUACUGUGAACAGAGAUG